AUGGGCUGUGGAAUCUGAACCCCCAAGAAACCUCAGGUUGAAGAACCUAAGAUUAUGAACGUGACUAAACCCAAAAGAAAUAGCAUCAGAGACGACUCUAGAGGAAGGUUUGGAGGAGUUACAGUUGGAGUUCCAGUCGGAAAGAAUCAAGAUGAUAUUCCAUUUAGAACACAAGACCCUAAUCAGCGUGAAAUAUAUGUCAACAACUACAGAUCUAGCAAUAACAGUGAUAGAAGAGGUUCUUAUUCUGGUACAGAAUUAAUCCGCUCUGAAGGUUCUCAAUAUCAAGCUGUUCACUCUGUACUCAGUGGCCAGUCAAGAAGAUAUUCACAAGAAGUAAAUCCUGAGAAGACAGGUGCUGGAAUACCAAUUUCUAAAAAGUCUUUCAAAAGUAAGAGAUGGAGUAGAGAUUCAGGCUACUCUAGAGGAAGGGGAACUGGCUCCAGAAGAGUACAACACAGCAUGCCUCUCUCCUCAGAUUCAGUCAAUUCAGAGUCAGAAGAAUCCUCUCUUUCCGAAAGUAACUAUCCUACCUCCAAUAACCAAAGGAACGCUCCAUACGCUCCAGUUGAUCAGAACGAAAGCUUUAGAGGCCAAACGAGUGAGAGAAGAAGCAGAAGGUCAAAAAUCGGGUCUCCAACUGGAACUGUAAUGAAUGAAAGUUUUUAG